CUAAAAAAUGGUUUUGUUUCUGACUAACACCGUAAUUAAAAAUCACAACCGUUUGAAUAAUCUUUUAAUUUAUUUCCCCUGGUUGUAAUGGAGACUCAGGUUUUAUGUCUCUCCCGAGGACUUCGUGUAUGGCAAACUAUUUUCGAUUGUUCUCUUUUCCACUGACGCGGUUUAAUCAGCAGCAAAUUCAAGCUUUAGGAAAAGGUUAAAGCAGCAUCAAGCGUUGCGUGUGCAGGGCCCAUCCACUGUGAUUUUCUCUUGCCGCGAGUGAUUUCCUAUUACACACACAGACUGCAGCCCUUCAGGGGCACAAAAGAAACAUCUCUUGAUAUUUCGUACAUAUUUUGACGUUUUUUACUUUUAUGACAAAAUUAUCAUUAUUGUUCAAAAUAUUAAUAAUAUAAUUUUCGUGUAAUAACACAUGCAAACAUCAACGCAUUUUAUAUUACAGAAAAGUGAAGCGCUUGCAUUUGAAAUAAAUGAAUUGAUCCAGAAUAUAGAUAGAAAUGUUAUUAUUAUAUUAGAAUUAUUAUUAUUACCUGUAUAACUAGAAUAGUAUUGCGUUAAUGGUCUGCAUUUAACAGCUUCUGGUUUCACAUGGUCAAUGGCAUCCAAUGGGAAAAUCCUGUCUGGUGCAUGAGUGUCCAAUGAGCUGAGGAUCAGGGGGCGGGUCUACGUGCAGCCUACAGACAGAAAGAGAGUUUCACAAACUCCCAUCCAAACAAGAUCCUUCUGGAUACUAAGAUGCGUGUUUGCUGUGGAAUUCAGCAUGAAUUAGUCUGGAUAUUUCUGAUCGUUAUGGACCAACGAACAGAAUGAAAUUCAUCCGAUGAGGGUUUCGUGGGCAGUUGAUGGACGGGUGAAUCUUUUCUUAUAAAGACCCAAGAGGAUUUCAUGUUGCAUACCUUAAGGCUCAUAUCGGAUGAAACUAAUGAAAAGCAUGUAUUUGUGUGAAAUGUUUGCUGGGUAGGGAAUUUUGGGAUCAGUGUUCAGAUGCUGGUAAAGGAGAUUUCACGCCUGCGGUUUGAUUCUUGAAGUGAAGGUGUCCAGUGGUGAUAGAGAUGAAGGAGAAGUCGAAGAACGCGGCGCGCACGCGUCGGGAAAAAGAGAACAGCGAGUUUUAUGAGCUCGCCAAACUGCUGCCUUUACCCUCAGCCAUCACCUCACAGCUGGACAAGGCCUCCAUCAUCAGACUUGCCACCAGCUACCUGAAGAUGAGGAUAGUCUUCCCUGAAGGUCUUGGGGAAUCUUGGGGCCACGUGAGUCGAGCCAGUUCUCUGAAUAAUGUGGGUCGAGAGCUGGGAUCACAUUUGCUUCAGACUUUGGAUGGCUUUAUUUUUGUGGUGGCUCCAGAUGGUAAAAUCAUGUACAUUUCUGAAACGGCAUCAGUGCAUUUAGGAUUGUCACAGGUAGAGCUGACGGGGAACAGUAUUUAUGAAUACAUCCACCCCGCGGAUCAUGACGAGAUGACCGCAGUGCUGACGGCGCACCAGCCCUACCAUUCCCACUUUCUACAUGAGUAUGAAAUGGAGAGGUCGUUUUUUCUAAGAAUGAAAUGCGUCCUUGCCAAAAGAAACGCAGGCUUGACAUGCGGAGGUUACAAGGUCAUUCAUUGCAGUGGAUAUCUGAAGAUCCGUCAGUAUAGUUUAGACAUGUCCCCAUUUGAUGGCUGUUAUCAGAAUGUGGGUCUGGUGGCCGUGGGUCACUCACUCCCACCCAGCGCAGUGACCGAGAUAAAGCUCCACAGCAAUAUGUUCAUGUUUAGAGCCAGUCUAGACAUGAAGCUCAUCUUCCUGGAUUCCAGGGUUGCAGAGCUCACUGGCUACGAACCACAGGAUUUAAUAGAGAAGACACUUUAUCAUCACGUCCACGGCUGCGACACUUUCCACCUGCGCUGUGCGCACCACUUGUGUGAGUUAGUGCUCGUAAAGGGACAGGUCACAACCAAAUACUACCGAUUUCUGGCUAAGCAGGGCGGUUGGGUGUGGGUGCAGAGUUAUGCCACUAUCGUUCACAACAGCAGAUCAUCUAGACCUCACUGCAUUGUCAGCGUCAACUACGUUCUCACGGACACAGAGUAUAAAGGACUACAGUUGUCCUUAGAUCAGGUGACAUCCACUAAGCCCUCAUUCACCUACAACAGCCCCUCCAAUCCCAUCAGUGAGAACAGAAGAGUGGGCAAAAGCAGGGUUUCCCGUACCAAGACCAAGGCACGUCUUUCUCCCUAUUCACAGUAUCCAGUCUUUCCCACAGAUCGUUCGGAGUCGGAUCACGAUAGUCCGUGGGGUGGGAGCCCACUCACCGAUUCUGCCUCCCCUCAACUUCUGGAGCCGUGUGAAGGGAUAGACUCCUCAUGUGUGUACCGACAGUUCUCUGAACAGCGACCAGUUUGCUACAGCCUACCAUUGGCAGAUGAUCACCACACCUCUAGUGGCCUCUAUACCCACACUCAUUCCGAGUCCUGUGAGCGGGGUCGCUGUAGGGCCGGUCGAUACUUCCUGGGCACAUCUCAGCCUGGACGAGAGGCAUGGUGGGGUGCGGCCCGCUCUGUCAUCCCAUUAGCCAAGUCUUCGCCCGAGAAUGGAGAUAGUUACGAAGAUGUGAUGCCCCACAUCUCCUCAGUUCACAGCAUGCAAGUGAGGGCUCACUGGGAUGAGGACAGUGUCGUCAGCUCACCUGAUGCCGGCUCAGAUUCAGGGGACCGAUACCGUAGCGACCAAUGCCGUGUGAGCCCUCAAGAGCCCAGUAAGAUUGAGACGUUGAUUCGAGCCACACAACAGAUGAUAAAAGAGGAGGAAAGUCGUCUACAGCUGCGAAAGGCUGCCACAGACAUACCUUUGGAGACUACGAAUGGUCUGGCCAAGAGCCACAGCCAGUCAUUUAGUAGUGAUUUUACCCAGUCAGCAUUGUGUCGAGGGACAGCUCAGGUGAUAAGCCCCGCCCCUAGUCCCGUUGCUCUGUCUCGCCUGAGCAACCCCAACCCUGACAGACUGGGUAAAAGUAAAGACUUCCUGCAGAAUGACCUCUCCUCUUCUCAACAACACCAGCAACCGUUGCCCCUGACAGGCACCUGUGCUGUUUCUCCAACCCCUGCUCUCUACCCCUCCCAUUCCCGCCAGUACCUGGAAAAACACACAGCCUACUCACUCACUAGCUACGCACUUGAACAUCUGUAUGAGGCCGACAGCUUCAGAGGAUACUCGCUGGGUUGCUCAGGUUCUUCUCAUUAUGACAUGGCCACUCUCCGCAUGCAGACCGAACAAACCCCCAGCCAUAAAGGCACCUCUGUCAUUAUCACCAAUGGCAGCUGAUGUUUGUCCAAACACACACCAUCACCCACUCACUCAAGCUAGCCAUUUGUAUGGAAUUAUUUUUAUUCCUAUAGAUAUUAAGGGAUGUGAAAUCUGGAAAUCUGUAAAACAGAAACUCGAAGACCGCGCGAAUAGACAAUUACCACUUUUCUUUUAUAACCACUAUUUCACUUUUCACUGGUUAAUGCUUGAAUGAAUGGGACUUACCCAAUUCAUUUAUGGAAGCAAACGUGAUCUCCAUAAAAUGUCCACUUAUUGCUAAUAGCACAUUAAUUAUUUAUAUGGUGGUUUCAAACAGUAUUAAUCUAUUUAGUAUAUUUUGUCUGGAAAUCACAUUUGUGGGGUCCCUGAUAUUUUGUGGUAUAGGCUACCAUAUGUUGACUGUUAUUUAUUUCAAAAUCCAGUUUAAUUCCUGUAGUCAUUUGUCCUCCGAGACAACCAAAACCUCAGUGCAACCAUGUUUAACAUGACACUGGGCGAAAAACACCAGUGGCAGCAAGCGGAUAUACCAGAGAUCACAAAUUGUUUCUGAAGCAUUCGGUUAUUUUAAGUUGUUUGAGGUUUCAUGUUGCAUAUGUUCAUCUUGGCUUAUUUCUGAAUGUACAAGACUGAAGGUUAAAAUACAGAAAUAUAAGCCUAAAAUUAUUGGUUUGAAUCUUUAUUUAGUUUUCGAAUGGAUGAUUACCUAUUAUGUUAUAAACUUUUUUUAAACGAACAAAUAUACAUACUUUAUUUGUUCUUCUGCAAGCUCAAUUAAAACAUCAACCUUUAAACAUUAUGCAAUUAUGAAAAACUUUUGAUUUUAUUCAAACUGAUGGAACUAUUUAGAGAUUUGUUGGUGAGUAGUGACAGAGGAUGUGGAGAAAAGUGAAUGACUAAUCUGCAGUGGUGGGACACGGGAGAGAUUUCAGUUGUGCUGCUAUUUGGUGUAUUGGGGUUCCACACUGGAGGACUUUGAAGUAUAAUAUGGACAUCAAGGGGGAGUUUUUCUGUAGACAGUAGCUCUUACCUCACCCCAUCAUGUAUUUAUAGGAUUCAAACGGGCUUUGUGUGGAAACCAGUUUCUCAGAGUGAGAAAAAAGUAUUUAUGGUGUACAUAUGCUCAAAGAACAGCCACCCCCACCAAAUCAAGCAAUGCAAAAGUUGAAAAAUGUAUUUAUUAUUAUGUGAAUGAAAACUGUCAUCUGGUUUUAAAUAUACGUCCUAUCACACAUAGUGUGUGUGUUUAUUUAUAUUUUUAUGAUCUGUCUCAAAAUUAAAUGGUAAUUUUCCAUUCAUGCAUCAGUAUUUCUGCACAUAUAAUGACUACAUAUUUGAAGGGUUUUUUCAAACUGUGACAUCCUGUUUAAAAUAAUAUAAUUUCAUAUUUUUCACUGGUUCAAUAUUUUUCAUUCAGUGUGAAUUUAGAGGUGAAAAGAAAUACAUUCACACUAUUUUGAUCAUCAU